AUGGACAUCGACGCCUGCUUCGCGAUCAUCAUAGGCCAGGUAGCCAGCCUCGCCGCACGAAACAUGGCGAGCAACCACGACUUGGGUGCAGCCGUGAACGAGACGACUCCUCUGCAAUUUGCUCGUAGCAAUCAUCCUUUCGACUGGCCAGCUCGUCACAAGUGGAUUUACACCUUCCUUGUCGGUCUCACCAUGUUCAACGCUUCCUUCGCAUCCACUGCAGUGAACGGGGCCGGCACUCGUAUCGUGAAGCAGUACGGUUUGUCGCGGGAGGAAAUGGUCUUCAUUACCGGCUCAUUCAUCGGAGGCUGUGUCGCUGGGCCCAUCGUGUGGGCACCACUGUCAGAAAUGUACGGAAGGCGACCUGUCGGCCUCGCCUCGAUGGUGCUGUACUCCAUCACCAAUAUAGGCUGCGCUCUGGCUCCCUCCAAAUUUGUCCUCUUCUCGAGCCGCUUCUUGGCCGGCGCAUGCGCUUCUUCCGCCUUCUCAAACGCCGCCGCAGUCAUCACAGAUCUUUUCCCUCCGCCUUUGCGAUCCAGGCCCAUGAUCGUCGCAUCCCUGGCGCCCUUGUUAGGACCUUGCUUUGGACCACUCUUCGGUGCCCUCAUCAGCACGGAUCUGCGAUGGCCGUUCGUGUUUUGGGUCCUCGGCGCCGUCGGCCUGGUGCUGGAAGGAGUGCUCUUCUGCGUUCCAGAAACCUAUCAGCCGGUGAUUGAUGCGCGAAUGAAUACCACGGCCCGCGCUCCAUCAUCGGCGACAUGGCGACAGAGGAUCCGAAUUUUCGUGUUGAUCAACCUCGGCAGACCCAUCAACAUGAUGUGCCGCGAGCCUAUUGUGGUGUGCGCUACUUUCUAUCUCUCCCUUUUCUUUUCUUUGAUGUACCUGUUCUUCGUCAGCUGGCCCUUGAUCUUCGGUCCUCCGGGCAUCUAUCGUCUCGACACAGUCUAUACGGGCAUCACCUUCUUGCCCAUGGCCGUCGGAGGAAUAUUGGCAGCAGCUUUGCUUCCUUUGUGCGAUCGCUACUACCGAAAGAGGGACAUGGCAGCGGGUACGCUUGUCCCAGAGGCCAGGCUACUUCCCACCUUCUUCGUCGCGCCUCUCGUGGCUGUUGGGCUUCUCUGGGCCGGCUGGUUCGCGCGAACAUCCAUUCCGUUCGAGGUAACGAUGCUGGCUGGAAUACCGAUCGGGGCUGCCAUGGUCCUCGUCUUUCAGGGCUGGAUCAGCUAUCUCGGCGACUGCUAUCGCCUCUAUUCGUCGUCUGCUAUCGCGGCCACGGUGAUCGGUCGUUCCAUCUCGGGUGCUACCAUUCCGCUAGCCACGCAUCGCUUGCACGAGAAGCUUGGCGGGAUCGCGUAUCUGUACACCUUGCUCGCCGGUCUCGUGAUCCUGACCGCUCCGAUGCCGUAUCUCGUCUUUCGAUUCGGGGACCGGCUACGAUCACGCUCGAUGUACAGGCCUGGUAGAGCCUGA